UUGGAGGCAAGUUUCUCUACUUUUUGCCAUUGGAUAACAGCGAUCUGUGUAUUUAUUAUAUAAUACAUAUAAAAUUGUGUGUACUUACACAGUAGUAGCUACAUUUGGAAAUUAGCAUGAAGCUCUUGUGCAUAAUGCCUUCAUUUUCCCCUUGUGUGAACUGCACAGUUUAAGUAACAGUGGCCCCCUCACUAUUCUAAUGAAAUAUAUUCAUGUUUAUUAUUAGCCAGCAUAAGUUGAUGAGCCGUGAGGGAGGUGGCUUCGUUUUUACUGUUGCCACAAGCACCGCUCACAUCUUUUAGUUGUGCGCCUGACGCGUGAUGGAGCGCACAGCCCGACUGUCCACGAGCGACUUCAGAGACUACCACUGAGCGCGCACGCUUCAGCUGAUCCGAGACCCAGUUCACUUGUUCUUUUGAGCAUUAUUCGGCACUAAAGCAGUACUUUAUAAAAGACAGGGCAUGGUUACUGAGUGGAAGGGAGGAAUUCUCUCUUCUGCGUCUUAAGCGGAGAUUCAGCGUUGAAUGAAACCGUCAAAAUUACCUGCCAAAAGCGCAGAUGUGGCGAGACUAGUGCAUUUUAAUCGACCAUCCACAAACUUCUGUUGCUUUGACUCAGAUCUACCCGUCAUGACAUCAGUGUCGUGGAGACACGCGCUUUUCUUCUUGCUAGUUGUGAAUCUGUCUGUGCUAACCACAGCAUGCAGCAGUCACUAUGGAAAUGCCAUUGAGGAGUUCUGCAUGGCCAAGUUUAAGCUGGACAUGGAGGUUCUUGAUCAGCGCCAGUGGUGCAGCUGGGAGGACACAGUUGAGUUCUAUGGGGAACUGACCAACUGCACUUUCCUGGUGGCUCUGAAGAUGAACUGUUUCUGGCCCAACCGAAUGGUGGACGAAUUCUUCAUCCGGCUGCACAGGCACUACUUCCAUGACUGCUCAAUGUCUGGACGUCUGCUUCACGAUCCACCCAAUCGGAUCUUGGGGCCUUUUAUUGUGGUGCCCAUACUGGUGACGCUACUCAUGACUGCUCUAGUGGUGUGGAGGAGUAAACGCAGCGAGGGAAUCGUAUAAUCG